UAUUAAUGCAUUGUAGCAUCAAUAAUUGUUUCAACAACAAUCGAUAAGAAAAUAAGCUCAUAUUGUUCGCAUCUGCUGUCUGCCAAUAUUUUAAAGUAAUUGUGAGUGCUCCCCGCCUCUUUAUUCUUCUGGAAAAAAUAUUGUUAAAAUAAUUAAUAUUGAUUUGGAUAACAAUAUACUAAAGCGAAAAGAUCUGAAGAAGCUUCUCAAAAGUUUUCGGUGACAUAAACCAUUAAAUAAAAAUUAUGGCAGCACCUUCUGUACCAGAAACCUAUGCUGGUUAUACUGUAGACAUCAAAAAUCAGAAAAAAACUUUCACGAAGUUGCAUCUCGCGUGUUGGUUGGGUAAGGAGAGCGAUGUUAGGAAAUGUUUGAAGUCAAUACCAUGGGACAGCAAAGACGAUGAAAAGCGAACUCCAUUACAUUUAGCGGCAGCAAAAGGAAAUGUUGCAGUCAUCGAAAUUCUGCUUGAAAAAAAUCCUAAUGUAAAUGAUCAAGAUAUCAAUGGGAAAACGCCACUAAUGAAAGCCAUUGAGGGUUAUCAUGAAAAAGCUGUAUAUUUACUGAUUCAAGCAAAUGCAGAUGUUAAUUUGACAGACAGAGGAGAAAAUACAGCGAUUCAUAUAGCGCUGAAAACUGGCCAAUACGAUGUUGCACAACAUAUGCUUCAGUAUACAACUGAAGUUAAUAUUGCUAACAAAGAUGGAAUUACUGCACUUCAUAUCUUAGCUGAAACUAAGUGUGUGAAGCUAGCAAAAAGAUUUAUACACCACGGAGCCAGUGUGGAAUCAAAAGAUAAAAAACUGAGGACCCCUCUUAUGCUCGCUUGUAAGAAAGGUUAUUUUCCGAUGAUAUCGCUUCUUCUGAAGAACAGGUCGGAUGUAACUGCAGAAGACUCCAAGGGAUGGACUGCUUCUGAUUAUGCUUCGAUUGCGAAACAUACACAAGUAAUAAAUAUCUUAGAGCAACAUGUUAGAAGUGGUAUAAAUACAUUUACUGACGAAAAAGAAUCGGAGAGUAGCACAACUACAGAUGAAAGCGAAGAGACGGAAGAUAUAAAACGCAAAAGGAAAAUAAAGCAUAAAGCCUCACUCGAAAGAACUGUUCCUAUUCUAUUCGAAACAGAUGAAGUUUUAUUUCAAAGAGAAAAGGCUAAGAAACGGCGUCAUCAUAAAAAAGGAGAAAAAUAUCGAUCAGAAAUCGGUAUCCAUAAAUCAAUAUCGAAACUAGGCGAGCAAAAAAUUGAAGAUGAGGGGAAAACAGAAGGUCAACCUUUAGCUGUUCCAGAUAUAGCAACUAUACAGUUAUCUGCUAAUCAGUGGGGAGAUAUUCAAUCAUGGCUUAAUCGUCAGCAAGAUAUUGACCGGAAAAAACGAGAGCAAUGCGAACAGUUAACAGAACAUGUUAAAAGACUUUUGGCCGAAAAAAAAGAGCUAAUCGCUACUAAAGAACAUCUGGAAAAAAAAUUCACAAAACUGAAGGAAAGUUUUGAUAAUGUUGCUAGUAAAAAAGAAGCUGAAAUUUUGCAGAAUGAAUUGAUUGUUUUGAGAAAAGGCUUAGACGACUUGCAAACAGAGCACAGUAGGAUUCAAAAAGAGAAAGAGAUACUAGAACGAAAGUUAGAUGAUCAACAAAAGACUGAAAAAAAAUCAGGUGCAGCCCUAGCAGAGAAAGCAGAACAACUAAAAAAUAAAAAUCAAGCCCUUCGAGAUGAACUAACUGAUAUUGAAAAUUAUUCUCGAACAAUUAUCGAAGAUAUAAAUAAAAAAUGCAAAAUGGCAGAUGAAUUAGUGAAUCAUCUAAAAGUUUUGUUGAGAGGCACUUACAAACUUUUAGAAGAAAAGCACACACAAACGAAUAAAGCUAUGAACGAAUUAAUAAUACAAGAAAAUCUAAUAAACGAUGCCAAAGAAAGUAACGUGCAAGUCAAAGAAGAGAAUAUGCAAGUGGGAAGAAGUAUUGGCGAACUGGGAAUGAAGAUCAGUUUGGUGAAAAAAUAUUUAACAAAAAUUCAAAAACAGAUGGAAAAACAAUCACUGAUGAAAAAGCUUGUGAGCGCCGGCGUCAUGAAUGAACAAGGUGAAGAUAUUAAUAAAACUGUCAUUCAAACUGUAGAUAGCGAAGAGAUCAGGAAAAAAGUUGGGCCUUCAAAACAGAAAGGAGAAUCGGAAGAGGGGUCUAAGCAGACGAAUAAACUCAAAAGUAUAAGAAUUAAAGAUAUAGAUUCGAAAGAAGUCGAUGAAUUGGAAGUCGAACCAAAAAUAAAGGAAUUAGCAUCUCAGAAAAUGGAUCCCACAGGCUUAAUGUUUCCAAAUGUGGAUGGUCCAACAAUAUGCAAGACGUCAACCCAAGCUGUUCGAUAUUCGUUGUUAAAUGAAAAAGACGAGGUUACAUUGGAAGAUCUUGAUUUCUGUCGUAAAAACUAUCUUUCUACUAAAACACCAGCUUCUCUUCCUUACGGCAACGACAUAGAGGCUUCUGACACGAAAACAGGACCCACUACUGAUGACGAAAUACCAGUCUCUUUGCAAGCUAAACUAGCUUGCGUCAUUGCUAAAUACAGUUAUUGUGAUGAAAAUGACAAAAAACCGACUUAAAUUCUCAACAAUUGAAUUAAAAUCUAAAAAAUAAUUUAACAUUAAUCAAAAUCGAAGAAUUAUUCGGAUUUGUGAAAUAAAAUAAAUAAAACAAAAUUGCUAUAUCAUUAAAUUGAUAAAAUUCAUA